GCGGCCGCGGCCCGCAGCAUGGCCAAGCAUCACCGCACACCGGCGCGUUCCGCCGAGCCCGUCAUCGAGGUCAAGAGCAAGUUCGACGCCGAAUUUCGCCGCUUUGCCAUGAAACGCUCCAACGCUGGCAGCUUCCAGGACUUCUACUGCCUGCUGCAGACAGUGCACCAGAUCCCACGGGUGGACCUGCUCCUGGGCUAUACCGACAUUCAUGGUGACCUCCUGCCCAUCAACAAUGAUGACAACUACCACAAAGCCCUGUCCUCUGCCACCCCCCUCCUCAGGGUCAUCAUCCAGAAGAAGGCAGAGUCCGACGCCAGCGUCUUUGCCUCCAACUCCUUGCAGCGGAAGAAGAAGGGGCUGCUGCGCCCCGCGCACUACCGGGCCAAGCCGCACCUCCUCAUCGGCCUGCCCCAGGACUUCCGCCAGAUCUCCUCCAUCAUCGACGUGGACAUCCUGCCCGAGACCCACCGCCGCGUGCGGCUGCACAAGCACGGCUCCGACAAGCCACUGGGCUUCUACAUCCGCGACGGCGUCAGCGUGCGCGUGGCCCCGCAGGGCGUCGAGAAGGUGCCCGGCAUCUUCAUCUCCCGCCUGGUGAAGGGCGGCUUGGCUGAGAGCACGGGGCUGCUGGCGGUGAGCGACGAAAUCCUGGAGGUCAACGGCAUCGACGUGGCCGGCAAGUCCCUGGACCAGGUGACGGACAUGAUGGUGGCCAACAGCCACAACCUCAUCAUCACUGUCAAGCCGGCCAACCAGCGCAACAACGUCAUCCGCAGCAGCAAGGCCUCGGGCAGCUCAGGCGUGUCCACAGACAGCACCCCCAGCCAGCAGACCCCCAGCCCGGCCUCGCAGUACCUGAGCAACUACAGCACGGCCGAGAGCGACGAGGAGGGCGACCUGGUCAUCGAGAGUGACGGCGCACCCCACUACCUCCCCAGGGGCUGCCCCAACGGGGGCCCCACCAACGGACCCCUCCGGCGCAGCCUGUCCCCUCGCAGCUCGCGGGGCUCCCUGCAGUCCCUUGGCAGCCACGACAGCAGCCCCGGCCGGGGCAGCGGGCGGGAGGAAGGCACCAUCCUCACCUUAUAG